AUGAAUAUUUACUGCCGAUCCCCGGGGACUCGGGCGCCCCAUUAUCCCCCAAUAAUUAGGGCCAGAUGUGCCCCCAGAGACCCCCUCGCGACCACCGAAUUCACUUUGAUCCUCCCCCAGGGCAAGUGGUUUCCUCUCGUUGGAAAAGGAUCUCCUCACUGUCACACCCCAAGGCGUGGUGCUCAUAGACCACAGCUUGAGAUCUUCCCAGUCCAGGAGACACAGGUGAAGGCGGUCGGGAAGAAUGUACUGCUCACAUGCCAAGUCAACACGCAGCAGCCUGAGCUCAUCACAGAACAAAAGUACACCCGUGAUAGGUUCCAGGUAAAUGUGAUAGGUCCUCAGAAACUUGCUUUGGUUAUCAACAACCUGAGGGAGAAUGAUCAAGGCAACUUCACUUGUAUUGCCACGUAUCAGGCCACAGAGCAGCUUAGAAAGAGCGUUAUUCUUAAAACAUAUGUUCCUGUAACGUGGGAGGAUGCACCUGAGGAACAAUAUCCCCUCCUUGGUGAGGAUUACAAAGUCAAGUGUAAGGUCACAGCUCGGCCAGCACCGCACGUUGAUUGGCAGAUCAAUGGUAGACAGGUGCCCAAGGAUGAUAGAUUUGUAAUGGAAACCGAUGGACUUCUCAUCAGGAAUGUCCAAGUCACCGAUGACGGAACUUACACUUGCAGAGCAUUCGUGAUGGACACAGGAGAUCUGCAGAGGAGGGAAAUCAAAGUGGAGGUUCACACCCCACCGAAAAUGAUAGGCGAAAUGGUGACUGAACUGGAGGCAGUAGAAGGUGAGGCAACUUCAAUGACAUGCCAGGCAGAUGGUAAACCUCCUCCAACUUACACUUGGAUCAAAGCUUCAACUGGCAAGAACCUGGGCACCUACUCUGACAGAUUCGCAGUCAACGAAAUUACAGGUCAACUGUCCAUCUUAAAGGUGUCGAGGGAGGACAAUGGCGAUUUCAAAUGUAUCGCUAACAAUGGUGCAGGAAAUGUUGAACAAAAUGUGCACCUGACUGUCAUUGUCAAGCCUCAAAUCGUCGAAUUAAACAACAUGUCGUUGAGCACUGGCAAAGAGGCUAUCAUCGAAUGUAGAGCGAGUGGCAAUCCUCCUCCUGUCAUCUCCUUCAGGAAGCUCAGCUCACCCAAAAAGAUGAUUAUCGGCCUCCAGCCUGACGAUGAAAGGAUAUCUGUUCAACUGCAAGAGAGAGAAAAAGGACACAAGGCUGGUGUUCUGACCAUCUCGUCAUUGGAAAGGACUGAUGACGGACUCUAUGCUUGUAUUGCAUCAAACAAGGGUGGUGAAGAUAUCAAGAAUGCACAUUUGACCGUUGAGUUUGCUCCUUCUUUUGAAGUCACACCAAUGAAGGAAGCUUGGUCUUGGGACAGAAGGCCUGUGAAUCUCACCUGCAUCGCUGAGUCGAUCCCGAAUGCCACUAUCACCUGGUUCUUGAACAACAGGCCUAUCGAAAAGGAUAGCAGCUUUCUCAAGAUUGGCAACGGGCCUAUCAGCAACUUGCUUGUGACACCGACAGAUAGAGCUUUUUAUGGUGCCUACAAAUGUUUAGCGAAGAACAUUCAUGGUGAAAAAGUCCAUGAGAUUAUGCUUCGGGAAGCCAGUGUACCAACGGCAGUAAUCGGUGCCAAAAUCGAAGUUAUCACUGCUACAACAAUUACAUUCAGUUUCACAAGGCCAAGCAGUACCGGAGGAAGACCAAUUUCUGCUUAUGUUGUCCAAUAUAAAAAUGGAUCUGUUGGAUGGAAUGAAGCAAAAGUUAAAACUUGGGCAGUAGGUAAUUCUUACAUAUUGGAAAAUUUGAAGCCACAAGAUACAUACUCGCUCAGAUUCGCUGCCCAGAAUGAAGUUGGUUUAGGGCCUUGGGGUGCCGAUAUUCAGCGCACAAUGCCUAAAAGAUCUUCCCCAGAAGAGCCUAUCAUUUUGAACGACUUGCCUCCCACCGAAGAAUUCAUCACUUCUAAUUUCCCGAACAAAUUUGACCUUAGGUGGAAAAAACCUGCUGACAAUGGCGAAUAUAUUGAUGAAUACCAGAUUAAAUCUUGUGUGGUAACAAGAGAAAACAACGCCUGGGUCAAUGUAGAUUCUGAUUGCAAAGAGCAAGAUUUGAAGAGUACCGAACUGACAUCAUAUACUAUCAUAGAUCUUCAACCAGACACAUUCUACAAAAUCGAACUUCGAGCCCAUAAUGCUAUUGGCUACAGCAUUCCGGGAGAGAUUUAUCUCAGAACAAUCCGAGGUUUGGAAACUAACAUGUUACACAAUGAGAAGACACCUCUAUCGAGUUCGCUUUUGAUUGCGGUUGUUGUUGCAGCAUUAUUCGUUAUUCUGAUCAUCAUAGAUGUCUCGUGCUUCUUCGUCAAUGAUAAUGGUUUGCUGUGGCUCAUGUGUGGUAAAAAGAAGAACAGGAAGCCUAGGGAAGACGAUGCCAAGCUGAGCAGCCUGUACAGUUGGAGGUUUCCUUUGCCUUAUUGCAGCAAUAAAGAUGUCUCUUCGACCGAAGGUACAAGCCCCGGAAACCUCUCCAGUUGCGACAAACUUCCCCUUCCUGAUGUGAAUUUUGUCUUUGAAGGAAAAGGUUUACUUAACAAUGGUAAUAAAGAUUCCAAGAUAAGAAUAGAUACUGGUGCACCUAUAGAAGAUGGGUUCAAGCGUGAUACAACUGUUGAAUAUGACAUGAAGAAAUCCAUUUCGCGAACAAGUUUUGCUGGAAAGAAUUCAGCUGUCUAGAGGAAGGUGAUCAUGUACCAAAUAAUGGACGAACAAACCAAAAUAACGCCUUAUAUGACGAUGUUAUAUUGUAUAAAAUUUUUUGUUUAAAUGUUUUUAAAUUGAUAAAAAAAUGAAAAGACUCAAAAUUUGUACUUCCCUUGUUGGAGAAAUGUUUUGAAAAUGAAUGAGCUUACUUUACAUUUUGUUUUUCUUUUUGAGCUUUUUGGGACCUGUAUUAGUUCAUCACAUGAUCUGUUUUUAAUUUUAUUCAAUUAAUUAUGUUUUGUAUAUUUUUAAAAUAAUUGUAAGUUUAGAUUUUAAGUGUUACUUAAGGUGUAAAUUUAUAAUAGUUUCUUUUUACUUAUUUUUAUUUUUUCCAUUUGUAAAUAUAACCCAUUUAAGUGUAAUGGAGCGUAAUUUUAUAAUGUUACUGUCACAGGUAUUUAAAGAAAGUAUUUUUAUUUAAAAAAAAAAAGAAACACUGGGACUUAAAAGUGGAAAAAAUUAAUUUCCAGAGACUGAAACAUAAUACUUAACUUUUAUUCCAAAAAAAAUAUAUAUAUAUAUAUAUAUAUAUAUAUAUUGCUUAAGUAAUUUUUUAUUUGAGAUAUUUGUAAUUGUGAGAACUUUUUAAUAAAUUGAUUAGUUGAACUGUUCCUCACCAUCUAGAUUAAUAGAUAAUGUCUCAACUUUGUCAAAUAACUACAUAUUAUUUACUCUUUUAUCCAUAGUUUUACUACAGUAAAAAAUCUUCCUGAUAGCACCAUUUUUUAAACACCCCAUAAAACAAGGAACUGAAAAGGAUAUUUUGGAUUUAAAAGUUAAUCAUAAAUAUAAAUAUUAUAUUCAUGCAAACAUAAUUAAUAUUUACUCUACAGUCAUUACUUAUCAAUAAAUAAUUAAAUUAAAAACCCAGCAGAGAAAACUGAAUCACUUUUAAAUCAAAGUAUACUAGUGGUUAUUUUAAACCUUUUUUUUUUUUUAAUAUAUGUACCACAAAUACCUAUUAUAAGGUUUUUUUUAACUAUCCUAGAAUAAUUGAGUUUAAAUGUAGCUAUUUGUGUUAACUGAAAAAUUGUUUCAGUCUCUGUGUAUUUUGUUGAUAUGCAAAAUUUUUUUUUGUUUACACUAAUGAAACGUGCUUAUAAUGGACAUAUGAUCCAAAGAUUAUUGUUUCUUGUAUAAAUAACAAUGUGAUACGUAGAAAUUCAACACGUCUAGUUUAUAUUUUCUUAAUAAUACCUUGGAAUAGUUUUUGUUUGUUUAUAUAUAGAGACGUACUUAUUAUAUAUGUGCAAUGAUAUGCUGGCUGUCGUUCGGCUGGAAAUAAAAUCUAAGCUAUGUAAUUAAUAACUUUUUUCCAAGUUUCAACUACUGCUGUUUUUUAAAUAAUUGUCUCCGUAUAAAUAUUUUAUUAAUAAUCUUUUGAAAUUAUCUAUGUGUAAUGCUUGUGUUGUUGUGAUGCCAUCGCUGCAUAAUAUGUAAAAUGACUGUCUUGAAAAUAUUUCAUUCCAAUUAUAUUCUAUAUUUAUUUUCUACAUUAUUUUUUACAUAUAUAUAAAAAAAAUCUUGUUCUUAAAGUAAACCUGAUUUAUUUUUCUCAUACCUCUUAAGACUGGCAAUGAACAAAAUAGACAAUAACGUUCCUAUUCAGGAAAUUAUGUACUUAAAUAGCAAAGUAUGUUGUGGGUACUUCAACUUUACAAUAUAUGCUAGAGCACUCAUUGCAUUUAAAAAGCGCCAACGUACUUUCAGAUUUAAAACAUCAAUUUCUUCAAAUUAUGCAUUUCAUCUUAAUUGUAAUUAAUUAAGUCUUUCGCUCCCAUUUGAAUUAAUAAAAGAAUUUUUCUUUUCUUUUAUAUAUAUAUAUAUAUGUAUUCACAUGUGGAAGUUAUAUAUAAAUAAAUAUAUAUAUAAAUAAUUGUUGUAUAAAAGAUAUGGCAAAUGUGGUGGCUGAUGAAUGUGGUGUACUCUUCUCUUUUUGAUGCUGCAUUUGUGGAUUAUAGUGCGCUUCCAAUAUUUGUGAAAACUAUCUUUUAUGUCUUUAUAAUAAAAGUACAAAAUAAG